AUGGUCGCCUUAUCAUUUUCCCUCGCCCCCGAGGCGCUGUACCAGCUGCACGAUGCACUGACGUGCCUUGCCAAGUUCCAUGAGACUGUAGCCAUUGAGGCCGAGUUCGACUUGCUUCGUCUGAGCGUGCUCAACUCUACCAAAACGGCAUAUUCCGCCUUUGUUUUUGAGGCGGACACCUUCUUUGAGUCCUACUCUUUUGAUCUGCCACGGGGCAGUAGAGCAUCUAGGACUGCCCGUCCCGAUAGAUUCUGCUUUCAACUGUACAUUAAAACACUGCUCUCGGUCUUCAAGGGGAGAACCAGAGACAAGGACACGGCAGUUGAACGUUGCGAAGUUGAGUUGCAUGAGCAUCCGGACCAAACUGAAUGCAGACUCGCCAUUAAGAUGAUUUGUGGACUUGGAGUCAUCAAGUCCUAUAAGCUCACUUAUGAACCAACUACGGUUAACCAUGCUGUCUUUGACAGAACGAAAACGACAAAUCAGUGGAGCAUAGAACCUAAAUUUCUAAGAGAGAUAACGGAUCAUUUCAGCCCCUCUGCAGAGCAGUUGGAUAUUUACUCUGAUAACGGCAAGGCUGUUUUCACUAGCUUCACUACGAAGAUUACCGAUGGAAAAGAAAUCCUCAAGAAGCCGGUACAUACAUCAGUGGCUAUUGACAAAAAGGACUUUGAAUAUUUCUUAGCAGAAGACAAUCUCCACAUUGCUAUCACCUUGAAAGACUUCAAGGCGGUAAUAGCACAUGCCGAGUCCGCACAUUCAACAAUCACAGCUCGAUACACACGCCCAACUCGGCCCUUGCAGCUUGCAUACGAUUUUGGGGGCGUGAAGACUGAAUUCACUCUGAUGACAACAGGGGACUCCGAGAGCGAUAUACCAGAUUCAUCUCAUGCACCAGAAUUAUCAGCAAGGCAGACGCCUGCUCCGGCUAAUGUCGGCCGAGCGAACGUUACUUCUAAUACGAGCCAUAUGCCUCCGCCCCGCGCGCGAUCUAUUCGUCCGCUCACCGGGACUCCGGGAGCUUCUGUUAGUGGCACAGGGACGAACACCGAAAGCCAGCGGCCGCCCGCUGCAUCCAUCCAGUUCGACAGCCUGUUCGUACCAGCAGAUGAUGAUAGGCAAUGGGAUGUACCGAACGACGAAGAGGAAGAAGCCGAGGACAGACUUGGAUGGGAUGCAACUGGCGAUCAGCAGACAUUCGACGAGGGUCUCGCCCCCCGCUUGCGAGAUAAUGAGCCCAGCAUGCCUCAACAAGACACAAGUCAUGAGGAAGAUAUGGGUUUACCCCCGACGCAACGUAUAUCACAGGUAAGAGGAAUCCGCUCCGCCACAACAACCAGGUUGACAUUCCGUAGGUUCAGGGUCUUGGUCUUUUCGACUGAGGGGAUUGAGUUCUUGCUCCAAGGACAUAUUGAUCGGAUGAAGGUCACCAGCCAUGGCCCGUCACUCAGGACCCGAAAUGGAGUAAACGGAUUCACCUCCUCUUCCUGCGAGACCAUCCGCAGGUCACGACAUGACAACCCAGCUAGUCGCGCAACCCGCCCAAACACCAACAACAUGGAACUCUCCUUCUGUAGGAAGAGGAAUCAAACCAUACCUCCCCUUCACAUUCCCCUGUUCAUCCGCAACAGGCCCACAAUUCCCAUGCUCGCCCCAGCCAAAUGCCACAACUAUCCCACCGCCAAGCAAAGCAAGAGCAUGCUCGCUUCCCACCGCCAGCUCCCUCGCUACCGGCAAAUCCACCGGUGGAAGCUGACCACGAUCAUUGCGCCCCCAAGCCAAAACAUCCCCAUCUCGUUGUACAUAAACACCAUGCCAACUAGCCCAGAUACCACGAUACGCCCCCAAGGCAAGGGGAGCAUCAGACAAAACAUUCCACCUAUUAUCCGCGGACCCCAAUAUCACAAACUCCCCCUUACUCCUAUCUCCCGUAACAACCGUAAACUCGCGCCCACAAACAGCACCCGUUGCCCGAAACGGCACCCCUUCAACCUUAACCGGCUCCCAAACAACCUUCUGCCACUUCGCCGCCUCCCCCAGCUGACUCUUCCUCGCCGCACCCCAUCCAUACACCGAGCCAUCCGACAACACAACAACCGUAUGUCCCAUCCCACUCGCAACGCACACAACUUCUGUCCCAGACGGUGGGAAAUCCUUAAUUACCACAGGCUCAAUAGCUCGCACCACCCCUUCCCCAAGCCCCAGCUCCCCCUUCGCCCCAGACCCAAGCACAAACACCCCACCUCCCUCAGCAGCAACAAGGAAAGUCCCCUCCCAGCACGCUGA